AUAUUGCCGUGAUUAUUACGUAAAUAAUAUUACUACAAACUGUUCAGUAUCAAAUACAAAAUGUUCAUCACCCACUUUAUCAUAUGAGGGGCAGAAUGAAGAAGAGAUCGUUAUAAAUGAGCCAGCAAAAGUAUCUGAUUCACAAGCUAACGCUACCACUCAGUUAAUAUCUGAGACUGGUAUUUAUCAAGCUGUACCUGCCCAAGCGGUGGUGGAAGACCAUGCCUCCAUUGAAACCUAUUCGACUCCAUCAAUGCAAUCAUUAAACACAAUCACAAGUAGCGAUGAUUCGGAUACAGUGCGUGUCUAUGAUUUUAAUAAACAGGAAACCAUCAAAAUUCGCCAAGAAAUCAAAGAAAAAAGUGCAGCAGAUGCAGUUGUUGCAGAUACAAUUGAAACAGCUACUGAAGCUUCAACUGCAGGUCCGAUAGCUAAGAAACCCCGUCCUACGGAAUUAGCAAUUCAAAGUAAUACUAAUAAUGCUAAUGCUAAUACUAAUGCUGCAGCUAAUUCAGAAACACCAUCUUCUCCGACCACACCGGUCGUAACGCCUGCUAGAGGCAGUACUCCAACAGCUUUUAAAUUCUUACAACCAAAACGAAAACUUAUAGAUCCUAGUCAAGUAUUAUCCUUCGAUGAGGACAUGCCAGAAGAACCUCUAGAAAAACCAGAAGAAAAGCCUGUUAUUGAAGAGGAUGUUGCUCGUGCAUUGCCGUCAGUUAAAGCACUAGCACGUGCAUUUAUUUUGGCAUCAAAUAAAAAUACUAAAACUGAUAAACGUUGGCCUAUGCCAAAAACAACAAAAAAUACUCUUUCACCAGCACCAAUUAAUAAACUUGAAACUAGUCCAUCAGUUGCGGAAAUCGCUGAAGAUGCAACUAUAUCUUCAGAUUUAUCUUCACUCGAAACUGACCCACCUACAAGUAAGGAAGUGGAAGAAGCUAUUGAAACGGUGGCAGAAGCAGUUAUACUUAAUGAUCAUGCUAAAGAAAAUGCGUCACCAGUGCCGGUAAAUGAUUCCACAUCUGGCAAAUCGAAUGCAGCACGCAAAUUUCGCUCUGGUUUCCUCAGAAGUAAUAUUGCUUUCUUUGAAAACUUAAAGUUUAAGUGAAUAUUACUAAAUUCCUUCUAAUGAAAUGAGUACAAGUUAAAAACAAAAAAAAAUUUUUUAAAAUUUCACGAUUUUGUUAUACAAAAUUAUAAAAAAUUUUAUUAAAGCGUAUUUGACCAUAUAUUGAAAAAGCUGAAGUGCCAUCA